AUGUCACGCCUUCCAACCCCAGCAAUGUCGGGUGGCUUCACCAUCAAAGACAAACCCGACGGGGAUGCCUUCACAUUACCUCCCGCCGCAUUGAGCACUGGCAGUCGGAGGUCUUCCCGAUCAGACCCUUCCUACAUCCCAGCAUCCCCGACAUCCCCAGAACUCUCUGGCCGCCGUACAAGUCAAACCGCGCGGUCGGGUACAUCUAUCAAACGCCCACUCGAGGACUUUGAUUUGCCUCCGCCACCAACUAGAACUCGCAAGAUCAUCCAGAUGAAACCAAAGUCACCUUCCAAAAACCCCAAGACAAGGGAAAAUGGCAAGGGUUCACAGAGUUCAGAAGACGCAAUGCCAAACCCCACAUCGAACUCUAAAAGAAAACAGCCAAGUGCCACUAGUGCCGCAGGACGCAAGAUCGCCCGCAAAACCGCACACAGUCUAAUUGAGCGUCGACGACGGUCCAAGAUGAACGAGGAGUUCGGAACGUUGAAGGAUAUGAUCCCGGCAUGCACCGGGCAGGAAAUGCAUAAGCUGGCCAUUCUUCAGGCCAGCAUUGACUAUGUCAAUUACCUAGAGAAAUGCAUCCGUGACAUGAAGACUGGAGGAAUGCAAACCCCUGCUGCACCACCCUCACCAACAUCUCCCGAGUUCAUCCCAGAGGCAGGUGAGCCCAUGCAAAUGGAAAGGGAAUGUUAUUCUACUUAUUCGUAUUCCACCUCUGCAUCACCGGAGCUCUACGCUGCUCCCACAGAAUUUCCUGAUACAUCCCCGUCUUUCUCUCCACGCACCCAAGUUCCCUCAGCCCAUAUCCCACAGGAUGCUUCAUCUAUCCUUCCUAGUCCGGCACUGGGCCCAAUCUGGGCAUCCAGCGAAAAGAUGGCUGAGUUCCAGGGAGUUGAUCACGAGGCUUCAGCUGCCUUGCUCAUGUUGACUCAGGAUCGGAGAGGGACUGCUGAUUCGAUCAGUGAGAACUUUCCUGGAAGCACGACACUGGCACAGUCUGUGGAAGAUACCUCAGCUGUGCCUUCUGAGAUUCAAAGGAGGAAGGGCAUGAGUGUCCGCGACCUUCUUAUUUCAUGA